AUUCUGGCCGGGCCCCGUGUUAUUUUUUGCUGUGUGUACACAGUCCUGAACCUACCUACCAACCUACCUGCUUGGCUGUUAAACGUUUUAGUUGUGGAGUCUGAGCACUUUUUCCCUGAAAUUUGACAAACUAACACUCUGAGGUCGCAGUGGGUAAGUGGCAGCUGCAGAAAUAAGAGACGGAAAAUCAAGUAGACAAGAAGGACCUUGGAUACACUCGUGCAUCAUGUACCAGAAGCAACACCGCCACUAUGACCGCGGCUACCGCUACCAGUCUGGCAGCGGAUACACUACUGGAGCUAGCAGCAGCAGCAGCAGGGGACUCGAUUGGUCAUCACAGCCCGGACUGGACAAGACUCAAGUGAGUCCUUUGCUCAAAAGAGACAGGCCAGCUUACUUGGCUGUGGACAAAGAAAACUACAUCAUCGGCUACGUGAUUCCUGUCUUCAGGAGCAGUCAAGAGUUUGCUGCUGGAUAUUCCAACACGAAGGAAGCAAGACUAAGGAACACUUCUGCAUACAUGGAGCACAGAAAUCUGUUUACCAGCGGCCUGGAAAUGGAGAGAUCGGAGCAGAUCUCAAGGAGGGAAAACAUGCGCCAGUCGGCCGAGCGCAUCUCCUUGAGCAAAACAAUCCAUGAGCAUGGAGAGCACUUUAAGCGCAUGAAUGAGGACAGCCUGCUGCACGCUCCUGAGUUUGUCAUCAAGCCUCGCUCUCACACUGUGUGGGAAAAGCAGUGCGUGCGCCUGCAUUGCACCGUGAGCGGAUGGCCUGACCCACGGGUCGUCUGGUACAAAAACAAUGUUGCAAUUGACCCUCUGACCAAUGGUGGCAAGUACAACAUUGAGAGCAAAUACAGCGUGCACUCACUGGAGAUCAACAGGUGUGAUUUUGAUGACACAGCCCAGUAUCGAGUGUCUGCCAUGAAUUCCAAGGGGGAGUUAUCUGCCUUCGCCUCAGUUGUUGUAAAGAGGUUCAAAGGUGAAGUUGACGAGUCCCUGCCUGCACCAAGACAUGGUCCGGUGUCUGAGUACGGCAUCACCUUUCAAACUCACAUUGCUGAUACAUUUGGUGUUUCAUUUGGGAGAGAGGGUGAGACCAUGAGUCUGGGCUGUGCGGUCGUCAUCUACCCCGCCUUGCCCCGCUACCAACCUGAGGUGCAGUGGUUUAGAGACGAUGUCCUACUCGGUCCGACCAAGUGGACACACAUGCAGUGGAGUGGAGACCGAGCCACGUUGACUCUCACACACUUGAACAAAGAAGAUGAAGGACUUUACACCUUACGGGUCACCACCAAGUCUGGAUAUGAAACAUAUUCUGCUUACGUCUUUGUGAGAGACGCUGAUGCUGAAGUGGAAGGCGCACCAGGGGCCCCCCUCGAUGUUGGCUGUUUGGAUGCCAAUAAGGAUUACAUCAUCGUCACCUGGAAGCAGCCAGCGGUUGAUGGGGGCAACUCUAUCCUUGGUUACUUUGUGGACAGAUGUGAGGUUGGAACCAACCACUGGAUCCAGUGCAACGACACUCCUGUCAAGUUUUCUCGAUUUCCUGUCACCGGAUUGGUGGAGGGCCGGUCUUAUAUCUUCCGUGUGCGCGCUGUCAACAAAAGCGGAAUGAGUCAUCCGUCUCGUGUGUCUGAACCCGUGGCCGCCAUGGACCCUGCUGACCGAGCCCGUAUGAGAGGUACCUCUGCUCCUUGGACUGGUCAAAUCAUUGUCACAGAAGAAGAACCUGCAGAGGGUAUUGUUCCUGGCAGACCUCGCGAGCUGCAGGUGACAGAAGCAACCAAGAACUAUGUGGUGCUCAGCUGGAGGCCACCUGGUGAGAAAGGCUUGGAGGGUGUCAUGUACUAUGUGGAGAAGUGUGUGUCCGGCACAGACACCUGGCAGAGGGUGAACACAGAGAUUCCAGUCAAGUCACCUCGUUUCGCUCUGUUCGACCUCGCUGAGGGGAACUCCUAUUGCUUCCGUGUCCGCUGCUGCAACUCUGCUGGCGUCGGUGAGCCAUCAGACCCCACUGAGGCCACGACGGUUGGAGACAAGCUGGACAUCCCCGCUGCUCCGAGCAAAGUUGUUCCUACAAGAAACACAGACACGUCAGUUGUGGUAUCCUGGGAAGCAUCCCUAGACGCUAAAGAGUUGGUGGGCUACUACAUUGAAGCUAGCGUUGUGGGUAGCAACUUCUGGGAGCCCUGCAACAACAAACCUGUCAAUGUAACCAGGUUCAUCUGCCAUGGUUUGAUGACAGGAGAGACGUACGUAUUCAGGGUGAGGGCUGUAAAUGCCGCAGGACUCAGUCACUUUUCUAAGGAAUCAGAAGCUGUGGAGGUGAAAGCUGCAAUUGCGUCUCCUGCUCCACCUUUUGGCAUCAGUGUACUGGAGUGUGUACGUGACUCAAUGGUGCUCGCCUGGAAACAGCCGGCCUUCGUGGGCGGGGCUGACAUCAGUGGAUACUUUGUGGAUUACCGCGAAGUCAUCGACGGAGUGCCGGGCAAGUGGCAUGAGGCUAACAUUAGGGCAAUCAGUGAAAGGGCCUACAGGGUGACGGACCUGAAGGAGAACAGAAAGUAUCAGUUUCAGGUCCGAGCAGCCAAUAUUGCAGGUGUUGGCAUCCCGUCACUUCCCAGCGACACGUUCCUGUGUGAGGAGUGGACUAUUGCUGUUCCAGGACCUCCUCAUGAUCUAGAACUCAGAGAGGUCCGUUGUGACUCCAUGACUUUGCUAUGGAAACAACCAGUUUAUCAAGGUCGAGAUCCGGUCAAUGGCUUUUACGUCGAUAUAAAGGAAGCUGAAGCUCCAGAGGAAACUUGGAGAGGAAUCAACACCAAGGCUACAGAGAACACCUUUUUCAAGGUCAAGAAUCUGAAGGAGGGAGAGACGUACAUUUUUCGUGUGCGAGCACAGAACCAAGCAGGUGUAGGAAAGACUUCUGAAAUCUCAGAGAGAGUCCAAGCUCUGACCAAGCCAGGCACCAAGGAAAUAGUUGUGGAUGUUGAUGAUGAUGGCAACAUCUCGCUAAACUUUGAAUGCAGCAACAUGACCCCUGAUUCAAAAUUCUUGUGGUCUAAAAAUUAUGAGGAUAUCCCCGACUAUUCACGCAUGACUGCGGAGACCAAAGGAAACAAGUCAAAAGUGACUUUCAAAUGUCCCGGAGAGGAAGACAUUGGCAUUUAUUCAUGUCUUGUCAGUAACACUGACGGUGCGUCAUCCAGCUACACUAUCUCAGAAGAAGAGUUGAAGAGACUGCUCGAGAUCAGCCAUGAUCACAAGUUCCCAACUAUUCCCCUCAAGUCAGAUCUGGCAGUAGAGAUGCUGGAAAAGGGCAGAGUUCGCUUUUGGCUGCAGGCUGACAAGAUAUCGGCCAACGCCAAAGUCGAUUACAUUUUCAACGACAAUGUUGUGUCUCAAGGCGAGAAAUACAAGAUGAACUUUGACAAGAACACUGGAGUGAUUGAAAUGAUCAUGGAAUCUCUGACACCAGCAGAUGAAGGAACCUUCACCUUUCAGAUGCAAGAUGGGAAAGCAACCAACCAGUCCAGCCUGGUACUGAUAGGAGACGUGUUUAAGGAUUUGCAGAAGGAAUCUGAGUUCCAGAGGAAAGAAUGGGUCAGAAAACAAGGUCCUCACUUUAUUCAAUAUUUGGGUUACGAGGUGACGCCGGAAUGUUGUGUUGUACUGAAGUGCAAGGUGGGAAACAUAAAAAAGGACACCUCAGCUCUCUGGUAUAAAGACGGCCGCGAGAUUAAGGUGGAUGAAAAUCUGGGCUUUACAGAAGGAGUGCUGAAGCUGGAAAUAGCUCAGAUUUCGAAGAAGGAUGCUGGCGUGUAUGAGAUUGUUUUGAAGGACGACAGAGGAAAGGACACUUCAGCGUUAAGUCUGACCGACCAAGGUUUCAAAGACCUGAUGAAUGAAGUGUUUGACUAUAUCGCUAACUCUUCCACACCGUUGAAGAUCACAAGCACAGAAGAAGGCAUUCGCAUCUACACCUUUGUCAGCUACUACAACGACCUGCUGCCAGUCACAUGGCACUACAAGGAUUCACCAAUUAAAUUCAGUGACCGCCUCAAGAGCGGCGUGGUCGGCGAACAGUUGUGGUUGCAAAUCUCAGAGCCCACUGAGAAGGACAUGGGAAAGUAUGCCAUUGAGUUCAGCGACAGCAAAGGAGGCCUAAGGCGGACCGUGGAGUUGUCAGGUCAAGCAUAUGAAGACGCCUUAGCAGAAUUCAAGAGGCUCAAAGCAACUGCUGUUGCAGAAAAACAUCGGGCUCGAGUGGCAGGAGGCCUUCCAGAUGUGGUCACCAUUCAGGAGGGCAAGGCCCUCCAGCUCACCUGCAAUAUUUCGGGCGACCCCAUGCCGGAGGUGACCUGGCUAAAGAAUGAGAAGGAGCUGACAUCGGACAAGCACUGCAUCCUCAAGUUAGAAUCGGGCAAGUUUGCCAGCUUCACCAUCACAGGUGUGAGCACGUUGGACACCGGCAAGUACAGCAUCCUGGUGAAGAACAAGUACGGAACGGAGAGCGCAGAAUUUACUGUAAGUGUUUUCAUCCCAGAAGAGGUGGGUGGCAAGAAAAAAUAAGCCAGUGUUCCAAAAUGUGACAGAAAAAAACGUUUUGUAGAAGUGUUUUGUGAAGAAAAUUACUCUAAAGGUGCUGAACGACAAAAUGAACACUAGAAACAUAGAACCUUUUUCAAAGCAACAAUCCUGAACACAGGCCAGCCUACUCCACCUCAGUCUUGCAGGUGACCCUACAUCCAUUGAGCCUGAUGCAAGUAGUCUGUAACACAAAAAGUCUCAAAAAAUUAUUCUGUCUGAAUCUUGAUCACAUUCUGCACCAAAUUGUAAAGCAAGCUUAUUUAAUGCCCAGUUCACACUAUCGCGAUCACGACCUUGAUUGCCAGUAGGGGUGAAACGUGGAGCUGUGAUGGUGAGCGCAUCUGUCAUUGACAUAAAGUGCGGCUGCCUUCGCAUACCUAGAAAUUUUUUGGGAUGAUUAAAACAAUUUCCACAAUAAACAUGAUCUACUAGAUGAAAAAAAAAUGAAACGCUCCAUCACGCCGCUUUACGAUAUAAUCUGUUACGCAUAGUCAAUCUGUUAACGCAUAAUUUCAUGACAUAUCUGACGAGCUGAUACACUUCAAUGCACUACCAACUGCCUCUCUACUGCUCUUCUGGCCCUUCUUUGUGGCUGGUCUAGUAGAUAGUCCUCUUCUUGCUCUAGAACAGUGACGUAAGCAUAUAAUUAUCAUUAUUAUUAUUAUUAUUAUUAAGCAUAGAAUAGCAUGUUAAAUAUGAUGUUGUCUUCAUCAAGAGCUCCUGCUGUGGUGAAUGUCCUCAACGAAAUGAGCAAGGACAAUACAUCAGCCUCUUUUAUAUAGCAGGUCUCCAAUCGACAUUGUUUCUAAUAGCAACACAACCUAACUGACGUUAGAGAACGUUCAAUCGUGCAUUAAAUCGACGCUCUAAUCACAUCUUAAUACAUUUGAACGGGCCAUCCAUCUUGUCAUAAUCGCCACCAAAUCUUAUUACAACUUAUCAAACUUAGGUGAAAUCUGACUACAAAUACAAAUUACGAGCAGGCAAUGGUGGUGCUUGCAUGACAGUGCGAAUGGGGCAUAAGAAGUGACAGCACAGUUUCCACGACUUGGAACUAAACGUCAAAUUCAAAAAGGCAUUGAAAUAUUUUAAAAUGGUCUGAUGGUUAGAAUAUUUGACUUAUGACAUUGUUAUAUUGGUCUAUUAAAAUACAUAGAAGCUCGUCUUCAUGUUUCUUCAUUUUCUCCAAAGUAUGACAACUUCUCUGCACACCACAUUUUAUAUUAGCGUUCCUUGAUAUUGAGAAAACUUCACUCUCUAGGAUGAUGGAUUCAAGAACAUGAGUUCCUCACUUUCUAGGACAUGUGGAAUGUAUAAAUUCCUCACUUUCUAGGACGAUGCAUUCAACAAAAUAAGUUCCUCACCUUUUUAGACAUUUAGAACAUACAUCCCUCACUUCCUAGGACAUAUACAACAUAAGUUCCUCAACUCCUGUGAGAGAACAUAAGUUGUUUGCAAAGCUGACUUUUCCCUCAUUAUUCAUUACAAAAAACAGACUUCAUGUCAUACAUGAACAUAUAGUGAACACUUUAGUGAGAUACAUUUUUUACCAACAAAUAUCAAGUGAAUGCAUUUGAAGAAGUCUGCCAAUUUUAAAUGAAAAUGAAGUAAACAUGAUGUUCAUGUGAACCUCCCUUCACUGUGUUCCUGUCCAAAGUCAAGAUGGCUUCCACCUUCACUAUCACUCAUCACACUUUGCUCAUAUUGUUUAUGUUCAUUUUUGGAAUGCUUCCUACUUCCUGUAAAACUAAUAAAAACAACUGCAUAAAGA